AUGCUUCUUUUUCUGGUUCUUGUGUGCUUACUGAAAAGCUUCAACCUAGGCGAAGCAGAUACUACAGAUGGUUUCACUCCUGUGCCAUUAACACAAGCAAAUUUUGAAUUGCAAAGACCAUAUAAUGUACCACUUGAGGAGCGCUACAGUUAUGAACAUGGCAUACACAAGCUGUGGGUUUACGCUAAUGACAAGCCGCAUGAUCCCAACAGCCAUACCCAGCCACGCACUGAAAUUCGCGUAGAAGGUCUUGACUAUUCAUCAGGAGUUUGGCAGUUUGAAGGCUAUGGUUUUGUGCCAAAUGGAACUUCUGGGGUUACAAUAUCUGAAAUCCAUGGUGCAUCUUCGGGUGCAACCACUUUGAUUCUAAGGAUCUAUGAUGGAAAUAUGAGGUACUACAGUGGAGAUUUGGUGGACAGUGGCCUUUAUGACAAAUGGUUUAGAUUAAAUGUAAUCCACGAUGUUGAUGGAGGCAAAGUGACAGUAUUCAUUGAUGGUGUUCAAAAGUAUUCGACAAAGGAUAAAGGGCCAGGUGAUCUAUAUUUCAAGUGCGGAGUUUAUGCAGCUCCUGCAAAUAUAAGCUACUAUAUGGAAUCAAGGUGGAGAGACAUCAAAAUAUACAAGAAGUCAAAGUGA